AUGAAGGAUGAACAUAAUAUUAAAUUCACUGCUCAAGAUUUAUAUGACAAGAAAGCAGACAAAACAGAGCUUCAAACAUUAAAGACAGAAAUACUUCAAACAUUAUAUCCUAUAGGCUCUAUUUAUACGUCAAUGAACUCUACCAGACCAGAAACAGUUCUGGGUUUUGGAACUUGGACUCAAAUAGUCGACAGGUUUUUGUAUUGUGCAAACUCUUCAAAGGAAACAGGUGGAAGUAAAACGAUUUCAGGUGAAAAUUUACCUGCACACAGUCACUACAUAGAUUUAAGUACAUCUCAAGCAGGUUGGCAUAAGCAUAAAUUUUGGGAUUGGUCAGCAAUGACAAA